AUGGUGACUACGUGGCCAAUUACAUUAUUGUUUUCUGGAUUUGCCAUGACAGUAACUUGCAUCCAGUUCAAUCCUGUCGAUGAUAGAUAUUUCAUAAGUGGAUCCCUAGAUGCUAAGGUUCGCAUAUGGAGCAUUCCUGAUCGACAAGUUGUUGAUUGGACUGAUCUACAUGAGAUGGUCACUGCUGCUUGCUACACACCAGAUGGUCAGGGCGCGCUUGUUGGCUCUUGCAAGGGGAGUUGUCGUUUGUACAACACAUCUGAUAACAAGUUGCAACAGAAAAAUCAAAUAAAUCUGCAGAAUAAGAGAAAGAAAGCUCAUCACAAGAAAAUUACUGGUUUUCAGUUCGCUCCUGGAAGUACAUCAGAAGUGCUUAUUACCUCUGCAGAUUCACGAAUUCGGGUUAUUGAUGAUGAUGGUCUGAUUCACAAGUUCAAAGGAAUUGUUCAUUAUCUGGGCAUUGGUACAAAAGCUUUUGGAUAG